AUGGAAAUGCAACAAAGGCAAAAUAAUCAAGAAUUAGAAGAAAUGACACGAAGAGCAAGAGAAGUACAAGAACUAUUCUCAGAUUUAGCAACAAUUAUUUCAGAUCAAGGUACAAUUAUUGAUAGAAUUGAUUAUAAUAUUUCUGAAGCUUUAACCAAUGCUCAAAAAGGUCAUGAAGCUGUAGAAGAAGCUGAAAAAUACCAAAAGGGAUCAAAGAUGUGGAUCUGCGCCAUGAUUAUGGGAAUAUUAGUUUUAAUUUUAUUUAUUAUUGCUUUGUUAAAGUAA